AUGGUCAAUCCUAAUCGAUGGUCAUGGUCGGCGGGGCCACGAAGAAGUUCAAUCCGAGGGGAUGCGGUGAGCAGCUCUCAGCCAUUAGCACGUUCUCCCGACAAGCCCAUUUCGUGCGAGGUCGACGUCCCAAACGACCAAAACCUGCAGGGUGGCGGCGCUACCAGUGUCUCAUCGCGCCGUUUGACCAAGAAUCGGUGGAGCUGGCGGCCAGACGCAGCCAUAUCGGUGACCCUGGAAGAUCAACCAGAGACAACACAGGGCGAGAGGCAAGACAGGGAGCAAAACUCGGAGCAAGUAGACACAUCAGCAAGCAAAUCCCGCCGCUUGUCGAAACUGAUCAAAAAGACAAAUACCGCUCCUAUUUCUGCGUCUCGACCAAAACGGAGGCCGACGUCCAUGAUAGCACCGACAAGCUCUUCUUUCGGAGCAUCACCUUCUUAUUCCCACCCCGCUUCCCAGGCGGUGCAGCAGCACAUAGCUGUCGAGGAGGAUCAGGAUCAUUCCUCUCGCGCAAGCCCCCUUCCAAACCAGCCUGCCACAGGGGUCAAGAACAAGCUCAAUCGCUUUCUCAGUCGACACAUCACCACCCGGCAAGUUGACAAGAGAGCUGUGCUGGUGCAACAUCAGCAUCAGCAGACACAAGGAGAUCCGACACCGCCGCCAUCCGGACUACAGCAGGAAAAGCAGAGACCCAUGCCGAUGCAACCCCCGAUGCGCCAUCGUCUCCAACUCCACAAUCCCCAGAACACGCUUCGGGCAUCGCCAGCCCCCCCUGUCGCCCACAUUCAGACUCAAGGUUACACUGACAACGGUCGUCUUGUUGCACCGCUGCCAGGGCUUGACGAAAACUCGCAGCUGCAGCUGCCGCCAGCGACAAGCCGACCCGCGACUGUCACGGGUCCAGUACCGGCAGCGGCGCAAAGUCUUGGUACUGGUACCUCACCGUCAAUGACUGCCGCACCUCCGGCAGACGAGACAGGGUUGCUGAACCGCCUUAUGCGACGACGAUUGGUUUCCAAGGACAAGGACGCUCAGAAUAAGAAGACGUCGAUUUCCGCCGGGAACGAUCAUACAAGUUCGUCACAGAGCCUCGACCAGCAGCGGGUCACGGAGCAGCGCGAGACGCAGACAGGGCCUCUGCUCAUGAACCCGCUCAUGUUGAACCCGUCGCACCCAACACCUGCCGAAAGUGAGACUGUCUUGGAUGCGCGAAGAGGCUCUUUGAAGUCUGCAGUGCCCCGAUUCCUACGUCCAGUCACACUAGCACAGCAAGCACCUACGAAUGCGACUCAGACUGCCGGCGCCGCCAACUCACCCAAGCCCAAGUCGCCUCCCCGACAGCAGUCAACCAUGCAGACCUCGAGUUCUGAUACGGCGACGCAGCUCAAGUCGCGAUCCAAAGCGAGUUUCGGAAAAAGAUUCUGGUCAAGAUCCGGCGCCAAUGACUUUGGAGAGGACAACGUGACCAGCACCGAGACACCGGCAACAGCAUCGGCGCCGCGAACGGCCUAUGUUCCUAAACACGCGGCGGCUGACUUUUCGCGUACGACUUUCACAAAUACGUCGCGCCACAAUCGCCAUAGCUUUUCCUUUGGUAGCGACCCGGACAACGGCGCUCAAGCACUGGCCACAAUAACGGCCGCCUCCUCCAGGGUGAAUGAGCUGGAGCAGCCUCUCCACAGGCAACGGACGCCAUCCGCAGAGACUGCCGAGAAGCGCAGGUCACGGGACAUGUCGCUGUCCAAGUACGAGGCGCCGCCUCCCCACGAACUGCACCGGCGUCUCGAGAUUGUUAAGAGCAGCGAAAUUGAAGUGGUAACCACUAGGGAACCGGUCGCGAUCGACCCCUUGCAGCAGCAGCAGCACAGCCUGUUGCAAAAUGCUUCAAAUACAUCGUCGGCGAACGGCAAGGCUCCAGCAAGACCUCACUCUCGUCCAUUAUCAUCCCAACGACACAGCUUCAAUCUUGUAUCCGACCCAUACGCCAGAGACCUCACACCGCCAAAGUCAAUUUCUCCAGUCGAGAUGGAAGCGCCAUUUGACCCGCCAAGCCAGCCAGAGCAGCAGCAGGCGCCACCAUCAGCACCGCCACGGCCUACCUCGUCUCACACUCGCCCGCCAUCCCGACAAGAGACUCCGUCUCAAGAGAGUGGUAGCCGCGAACCGACGGAUUAUGAACGUUUCGUGGCAGAGGCAGAGAUUGCGGAACGCGAAUAUCACGCCCAAAUGUGGCGAAACCUCGCACGGCGUUCGGGACACUACGGGUACAGCGACAACCCCUGGAGCACGACUCGACAAGCGGAUGCUACUGCUCCUGCUGGGCAACGCAACAACAAGAGAAGCAGCGCGCAGUACUCGACGGGGGCUGGCAAGCGUGCAAGCAUGAUGUCGUUUGGCGCGGCAGACGACGAGCGCAACCUGAUCUCGUCAAGCUUCUACGGGGAGGCGCCACGCAAGCCGAGUCUCUCGCACAGCGCUAGUGUAGGUGCAGACGGGAAAAGGGGACUUCGACACCAGGGGAGCGUGUCGAAGAGAAUCUCUGACUACAUUAAGCCACCAAAGCCAUCUCAGCAAGCCACUUACGAGGAUUGGCCCUCUGGACGAGCCAACCGACGAAGUGUCAUUGCUGGGAUUUCUGAGUAUUGA